CAAUAAUAAUUAAAGGAUCGAGUAAAAAAUUAAAGAAGGAAGUUAAAUUUCCCUGUAAAUGUAUAGCCUUGGGAAAUGUGAAUGUCAGUAUUAAUUGCAAGUACCCGCAUUUCAUCGGUAACAGGGACACAAAUAUGGCCAAUUAUUAUCAUUUAGGAGCUUUAGUUAUUUUCAUUGUGAUUGUUUAUUCAAAUUGUCAAGUGGAAUAUAAGAAAGGAGUUAAAAUUGAGACGACGGUUCCCCCGACCCCCGGUUGUUAUGGGGUCACCUUCGGUGAUUUCUACCUGUCGUACGACAACAUGACCCUGACUGACGGGACACCUAUCUUCAGCACUCACUGGCCUAACGGACAACGUGUCCCAGGAAGAUGGUACUUCGGAAAUCAGAAGAAUGGCAUCAAUAUCGGGUUACGUGGGAUGUGUAAGGGGGAGAAGCGAAACCUGACGAUACCCUCCCAUCUCAUGUAUGGCAGCGAAAACACAACCGUCAACUUGGUACAAAUAAUCCCCGGUAACUCCACAAUCCUUUACCAAGUGGAGAUAUUGGACGUGGUCCCAAAGGCAGAAAAGUCCCUCCUCCUGGACUUUAUCUCGGCGGACUGGAAUGCUGACUGGUUCGUUGACUCUGACGAGAUUGAUCGUGUCUUGACAAGAGAGAAGGAUCUGAGGCGAAUGUUGCGCUUGACAUUGGGUAUGGACAACAUGGUAGAGCUCGCCAUUCAGUGGUUCGACAAAGAUGGAGACGGGAUGUUGAACAGGCUGGAAUAUUUUGAGAUGUCGGAGAUGAUCGGUCUCGAACAGCUUAGGAAAAAUGCUAAGGCGGGUCUUGAAGACAAAGACUCGAACUCUGUGGCAGACUCUGAUAAAGAAUCACGUGUCUCUGACUCUCAUAACGAGGCUGAUUCGUUGAACAAAUUGUCAAAGGAUGAACUAUAAUAUUUCGCUUUAUUUAAAUGUUAUUAAUAUAUGAAUAUAAUAAAUGUUUGAGUAGAAA